CAACGUGCUGGCUCCAAUCUAGUACGCACCCGAGCGGAGACGCCUCAGUUCACGUAGCGACUUCGCGUCGCACGCAUCGAUGCGUAGUGUCUUACGUGCGACCGUAUAAUAAAAACGCACACACGAGUUGAUCGGUUACGAUCGCUUCGCGGAACGCUAAGGGACGUGGUUAAGAAAGGGGUUAAAGGCAACUGUGAACUUGGCCGGGUGACUGGAAGGAUUUGGAGGGAACGAUGGGGGGACGAAGUUAAUUUCGGGCGACAGGGCUUGAUAACUGGAGGUGACAAGUGUCGAUAGAGCGAGUUGUGAAUCGUCCAAUCGUCUGGUACCGGUGCGACGUCUUCCAGCAAGCAGCCACGACUAUGGUUGUACUGAGUCGCGUUGGGUCGCCGACGAUGUCAGCGACUGUUGCCGGCAACCAGCAACAGCAACAUCCGCAUCAAGAAUGGGACAUCAACGACUCGAACGUGCCAAGGGUGGUGGAAUAUGAUCCCUGGUGCGAAUGGGCGGACGGCCACGUAAGAAGAGUGUACGGGCCAGAUUGCGAGGAAGCGAGAAGACACGCAUCCGGAUGGGCGAUGAGGAACACGAACAAUCACAACGUGAGCAUCUUGAAAAAAUCUUGCCUCGGUGUGCUGGUCUGUUCGCAAGAAUGCAUACUACCUGGCGGCGGAAGGGUUCACCUUCGACCGGCAAUUUGUGACAAGGCAAGAAAAAAGCAACAAGGGAAACCGUGCCCGAAUAGACAAUGCACGGGUCGGUUGGAAAUACUUUCGUGUCGCGGCCAUUGCGGUUACCCUGUAACGCAUUUCUGGCGACAUACCGAGCACGCGAUAUUUUUUCAAGCCAAAGGACAACACGAUCAUCCGCGACCAGAAGCAAAAUCCACGUCCGAGGCGAGGCGAAGCGUGGGUGCCGGCAGAAGGGUGCGAGGAUUGGCGGUCCUUCUUGCAAACGAAGCUGCUUUGGGUUCCAAAUUAAUGUCACUACGUGGAACGAAAAGAUCGAAUUCGGAAGCAAUCGAGCAACCGCCAAGAACGACGCAGCCACCGCCACUGAUACCGGAUAAAGGAUACUCGUGUUCCUGCCCACCAUUCGAAUGCAUGUGCGGCCUACAGAACAACGUUUCGGCUUAUCAACAGUCUCAUCAUCAAACAACCAUGUAUCCCCAACAAACGGCCUCGAACGACACCCCCUACUGGCUCCAAGACACCGUCCCAACCCAAGAGACCGCGGUGGGCUACAAUCUCCCCAAUCAAGUGUCUCAAGAGGCCUCCUACCCCGACUUUCCCCCGUUCACCGGAGAAUUGCUCCAACCGGAAGAGAUCUUCCAGCUGGAUCAACCCCUGAGACCCGAAUUCUCCAUGAAUUCUCAAGAGGUGGCCAGAUCACCGCCCACUUUGCUCGAUCUUGGAAGCGGUACCAUAAAGUACGAGAUAAAACAGCACCAGGACCAGGCUUACUGGAACCAAUUCCUCAGCGAGGACUCGAGCAGCAGUCACUUGAGCAUACCCCAGGACGAGAGGCUUCAAUUUCCCGGUUUCGAAACGGAGAAAGACUCUGCGAACGGGUUUUGCGUGAAGAGACCGGUGGAUCAUCAAUUCGUCCCUGAAAAAGAAGGGAAUCAUCAUCAUCACCAUCAUCAUCCUCACUUGAACAAUCCUUUAAACUUCCAAGAUUAUCAACGACACCCGAACCACAAGAAUUUCGUGGAAGGCGGCGGGGUGAAGAGCGCGGAUCAAGAAGCCAACUAUUGGGCCCAAAAUCAUCAUCAGGACGACCGUUUAAAUUUCCCCGACUUCGAUCCUCGCAAGGAGGAGGAGCUGUUGCCCGCGAGACGGGACGACGUGAACUGUUUUCCAAAGGAGAACUGCCAGCCAGGAUUGAUGGACAGGCCGAGUUACAACGUCUAUCCGAAAAAGGAGAACGGGAUUACGGUCGAUUCUGUCCGCCCUAGUCGCAGCCCCAUCGAGAAUAAACAUUAUUUCAACGACGGUUACAACCAUCAGAUGUUCGAGCAAUCGGACAGCGCGAAGAAUCAAUUGACCAGUCGUAUACCCAAUCAGAAUCGAAUGGUGCUCGACGAGAGGUUGCAGAAUAAUUACGGUGGCCGGGAGACGAAUCCGGACCCGAGCGAAAGAUUGUUCCCCGACCCGAGCGGGAUGGAUGCCUCUAUACCCGCGCAAAACAGCCCCGAGCCCUUCUUCUACCCCAGCAACGAUCGUUGCCACUACACUUGCGAGGUGGUGGACACGCGGCUACCCCAGAUGGCCAUCACGAGCGCGGCGCAGGCGAACGGGAUGAACAAUUACGGGGACGUGGCCGAUCUGGAUCUUCCACCUUUCGUCGACUACACCCUCGUCGGGAUGCUGUGCUCCACCGAGGAGGACACGUCGAGCUUGCUGCCUAGUUGCCCCCAAAAUUCGCACAGCUACGUCCCCCACCAUUAGAUCAUCGUCCCAACGGAUCGUCUUCGUUUGUAUUAUAAAAAUAUACCAUGUUGUUGCGCGAUACGCGCGAUUCACGCUCGAGUGUCGUGCACUUUUGUUCUCCGUACUCCCUCCCUCUCUCCCCUGUCCCGUCUCUCCGAGUUCUCCAUCCCACGAGUGGAGAAAGACGGGUUUACAAGGAGACCAGGCUAGCAGAAACUGUUGUAACUUUGGCAGAGAGAGAGAGAGAGAGAGAGAGAGAAAAGAAGAAAUCUUCUUACGUUGAAAAAUUUCCAACUGUUAUUUGAACGAAGGAUAACGAAAUAAAGGGAUUUUUGUUAAACAGGAGGGUCCUUGUGUGUUCAAUAAAUUCGGGGGAGGGGGAUGGCGAUUGGGAAGGCGUUGAAAAGCACUCGAAGUUGAAGUAGCUUGGAAAAAAGUCAUGAAUGAUUUAUUCGUAAUUUAUUAUUUUAUUCGCAACAGAUACUCUCACGAUCACAAUUGUAUGUAUAUUAUGUAAUAUAAUCAUAUACCUAUUUUUGCAUUACACUUUCUCGGAUUACAUGCGCGAUAUUCGUUUUUCUUUUUUUCCUUUUUUUUCCUUUUUCCUUUUUUUUUUCUUUUUCUUUUUUUUUUCUUUACUUCUUCUUCUUCUUCUUGCCUCGCACAUUCGAACAAUCACUCUUUUACACGCCAACCUACAAUCGACGCUCUACCUGCUCGAUCGUCAAAUAUCUGUUCAUUCCCCGCGUCGUUUUCAUCAAGCGGCGAGCACAAGGGAGACGAGAAACGAAAUCGGGGGUGCGAAUCCGAACGGUUCGCGUGCAUCGCCGAACGAUCAACGAUUUAUCGAUCGCUUUUCGAGUCUACCUCCCGCGUCUACGUCUCUCGAUUCGUUCCUGUUUUUCCUUUCUUUCUUUUCUUUUAAUCAAUUAAUCAAUCAAUAACCCGAAACGAGCGUACACGUGUUUCGAAGGAAAGAAGUGCGCGAGCGAUUUUUAAUCUACCACGAAAUCGCUCGUUCUCGUGAUUGCAAAAGCGUACACUAUACCCAUGGAUGGACAAGGAUUAUAAUAAUAAGGAAAGACAUUCGUUGGAUCGUUCGAUCGAUCGCGAAACUCACGCUCGCGGACCUCGGUUGGCCGAUUCUCGUUUUGAUUCUCGUUGUUCGCGCGAAUUAUGCCACAACUCAGAGCUAAUUUUAUUUAUGUAAUUAUAAUUAAUUAAAUGUGUGCUUUAUCCCUCCCCCCUUCAGGAGAAUCGCUGAAUCUCGUUGGAAAAGUAAGCGCUAAAUCAUCUUUAUAGUGUAAUUUGUAUUCGUCGAAGAGCAAAGUCGAUCAUCACGAAAACGAAAUUUUAUUUUUUUUCACCUUGCUACUCGAUGAGAAAUAAUAAUAAUAAUAAUAAUAAUAAUA